AUGCUUAGAGACAUAGAAAUUCCUUCUGGCUCGAAUUCUUUUCUUUUUUAUUGUCCUGGACGUGAUUGUGAAUCUAUUUGUAUCAUUGAUAAUGGGGUUAAAGAAUUUAUUUGCCCAUUAUGCCAUUUUCAAUGUUGCCCAAGCUGCAAUAAAGACAUUCACAAUGGGAAAACUUGUGAAGAAUAUGCUAACAAUGCAAAAUAG